GGAGCCCAUGGGGGUUCACCAUCCGCCCCUUUAUCCUCACGGGUCCAAAGGCUGGGAACGCCAUGUAGGCGUGCCGGAGGCCACUGGGGGCGUGCGGCUUCGGCAGGAAGGGGCGGGGGGCUCCCGAGCUCAAGGCAGGAAGAGAGGAACCCACCGACAGACAGCCGGACCGACCGACAGACUCCGCCGGGCCCUAGCAUCUCGGGGGCGCGACCUCGCCAUGUGGGCGCUCCUGCUCGCCUUGGCCGCCUGCACGCCCGCCGUCCGCCUGGGUCUGGGGGCGCCCGGCACCUCUGUGCUGGAGCUUGAGCCUCCCGCGACCACCGAGGCUCGGGUGUCCACCACGGCACCUCAAAGCACCCCGACACAGCCACCGUCAGCCGAGAGAAGUAAGGGGACCACGGAACAGCAUGUUCGGAUUCGAGUCAUCAAGAAGAAAAAGGUCAUUAUAAAGAAGCGGAAGAAGAUCGCUCGUCCCAAAAUCAUGGUGACGGCCAGGCCUCUGCUGACCACCAGCCCCAUGGGGACCUCUGAGAUCCCCAAGUGGCAAGAACCAGAUUGUCCUCCUUUGGGCCUGGAGUCGCUGAGAGUGUCUGAUAGCCAGUUCGAAGCAUCCAGCAGCCAGUCCUUUGGUCUUGGACCACAUCGAGGGCGGCUCAACAUUCAGUCUGGCCUGGAGGAUGGUGAUCUGUAUGACGGGGCCUGGUGUGCUGAGCAGCAAGAUGCCGAGCCGUGGCUUCAGGUGGAUGCGAGGCACCCCACCCGCUUCUCAGGGGUUAUCACCCAGGGCAGGAACUCCAUCUGGAGGUAUGACUGGGUCACGUCAUUCAAGGUCCAGUUCAGCAAUGACAGCCAGACCUGGUGGGGGAGCAGAAACCACAGCAGUGGGGCAGAAGCAGUAUUUCCUGCUAAUUCGGACCCAGAGACACCAGUGCUGAACCUCCUACCUGAGCCCCAGGUGGCCCGCUUCAUUCGCCUGCUGCCCCAGACCUGGCUGGAGGGAGGCGCGGCCUGCCUGCGGGCAGAGGUUCUGGCCUGCCCUGUCUCAGAUCCUAAUGGCCUGUUCCCAGCGGCCCCUGCCCUAGGAUCCUCUGACCCACUGGACUUCCGGCAUCACAAUUACAAGGCCAUGAGGAAGCUGAUGAAGCAGGUGAGCGAGCAGUGCCCCAACAUCACUCGAGUCUACAGCAUCGGGAAGAGCCACCAAGGCCUGAAGCUGUAUGUGAUGGAGAUGUCAGACCAGCCUGGGGAGCAUGAGCUGGGAGAGCCCGAGGUGCGCUACGUGGCCGGUAUGCAUGGGAAUGAGGCCCUGGGUCGGGAGCUGCUCCUGCUCUUCAUGCAGUUUCUGUGCCUCGAGUUCCUCCGAGGGGACCCGAGGGUUACCCGGCUGCUCACCGAGACACGCAUUCACCUGCUGCCCUCCAUGAAUCCUGAUGGCUAUGAGACUGCCUUCCGUCGGGGCUCUGAGCUGGUAGGCUGGGCUGAGGGCCGCUGGACCCAGCAGGGCAUCGACCUGAACCACAACUUUGCAGACCUCAACACACCUCUGUGGGAGGCAGAGGAUGAUGGUCUGGUACCCGACACUGUCCCCAACCACCACCUGCCACUCCCCACUUACUAUACCCUGCCCAAUGCCACAGUGGCUCCUGAAACCCGGGCAGUGAUUGAGUGGAUGAAGCGGAUCCCCUUCGUGCUGAGCGCCAACCUCCAUGGAGGCGAGCUCGUGGUGUCCUACCCGUUUGACAUGACGCGGACUCCGUGGGCUGCCCGUGAACUCACGCCUACCCCGGAUGAUGCCGUGUUCCGCUGGCUCAGCACUGUUUACGCCGGCACUAACCGGGCUAUGCAGGACUCAGACCGCCGGCCUUGCCAUAAUCAGGACUUCUCCCUACAUGGCAACGUCAUCAAUGGGGCUGACUGGCACACUGUUCCCGGGAGCAUGAAUGACUUCAGCUAUCUCCACACCAACUGCUUUGAGGUCACCGUGGAGCUGUCCUGUGACAAGUUCCCUCAUGAGAAUGAGCUGCCUCAGGAGUGGGAGAACAACAAGGAUGCCCUCCUCACCUACCUGGAGCAGGUGCGCAUGGGUAUUGCGGGUGUUGUGCGGGACAAGGACACGGAGCUGGGGAUUGCCGAUGCUGUUAUUGCUGUGGAGGGGAUCAACCAUGAUGUCACCACAGCUUGGGACGGGGAUUACUGGCGCCUGCUGACACCAGGCGAUUACUUGGUGACUGCCAGUGCUGAGGGCUACCACUCAUCGACACGCAACUGCCGGGUCACCUUUGAAGAGGGCCCAGUCCCCUGCAAUUUCCACCUCACUAAGACUCCCAAACAGAGACUUCGAGAGCUGCUGGCAACUGGGGCCAAGUUGCCCCCAGACCUUCGGAGGCGGCUGGAGAGACUGAGGGGACAGAAGAACUAAGCUCUAGCUGGAGAGGUCAAGGGCCUUGGGCAGGCUGGACCUGUCCAGAACUAUAGGGGGAGGGAGUGUGUGGAGGAGGGUUGACAGAUGUGGGAGGGUGGGACAGAAUGGGGGCAGUUGGUGCCUCAGGCUCAUUAAAGCUACCUGGCACCUC